CGUAGGCCUCGUGGCUACAUACGGUUCAUCGAGAAGACGAACCGAAUAUAAUAUUAUUUCCCAGCCCAAAAAUAACAACCUCACAAAAUACACUUUGCACCAUUUGCCGACUACAGCCACCACCAUACACUGCUGUUCGCCUGGCCAUGGCCGCCGUGGCGCGGCUCUCCAUUGUUUUAAUUGACUGCCCCAAUCGCAAUCCAGCCGUCAAAUCCCUCGGAUUUUCCUUCCACAGCCACCGGUACGCCGCCUCCGACACUUUACGAUGCCGGAAAAGUCGAGGGUGGUCCUCCGCCGUCACCUGCUCCGCCUCAAACGGCCCAUCUUCUCCCGACAUCAGUUCCACUGCCAAAAUACGCAGUGAAGUCCUCUCUCCCUUCCGAUCCCUCCGCAUGUUCUUUUACCUUGCAUUUGUAGCAAGUGGGUCACUCGGAGGACUCAUUGCCCUUUCCCAGCUCAUCGAGGCCCUAUCCAACCCAUCAAGGGCAGCCCAAGUAUCCGAGAUCCUCAACGGGCUCGGCAUAGAUUUGGGAGCUGUCUCCAUUUUCGCAUUUCUUUAUUACAGAGACAACAAUGCUAAAAAUGCUCAGCUGGCCAGACUCUCGAGAGAGGAGAGCCUCUCGAGCCUCAAGCUCCGUGUGGAUGAGAAGAGGAUCCUUCCCUUGAGUGCUUUCAGGGGGAUUGCUCGUUUGGUUAUCCUGGCUGGCCCCACCUCGUUCAUCGAGGAGUCGUUUAGAUUAAGCGAACCUUUCUCUGCAGGGCUUGUCGAGAGAGGGGUUCUUGUUGUGCCGCUUGCUACCGAUGGGAAUUUGCCUGAUUUCGAGAUUCAAGAAACUGGGGAGAUUGAUGUGAAGAGGAAAAGGCUGUGGCAGUUGACUCCUGUGCUUGCUCCUGAAUGGAACAAGUGGUUGGAUGAACAAAAGAAACUGGCUAACGUCUCUCCUGAAUCUCCAGUUUAUUUGUCCCUUCGCAUGGAUGGCCGUGUUCGGGGCAGUGGAGUUGGUUAUCCACCUUGGAAUGCUUUUGUUGUACAAUUGCCGCCAGUUAAGGGAAUUUGGUCCGGUCUUCUUGACGGCAUGGAUGGAAGAGUUUUAUGAGCAUUGUAAUCUUUACUUCACCUCGACCGUAUAUAUCAAAAGUUGAAAUUAUUAUCAUUUUUUUUUUAUUUUUUGUCAAUACUCAGUAAAUUUGAUGCACAUAUCUUUGCCAGUCUAUUCACAUUACUCUACUCUUACUAUCUUAGUUUGGUAAAUAUGUAAUGUAUUAACUGUUCACAUGCUACUUUUACUCAUCUCCAAGGUUUCCUCUAUUUUCUUCUGUUAAUCAUUUGAAUGGAUUUUAUUGGUUUAUUAACUACAGAUUUUGCCUACUGCAGCAUUUAGAAACUAUGACAAGAUAAUGUAACAAAAUUAGUGAUCCAGUAUG